AUGAUCGUGACUCAUACAUCUACCAAUCCUGCCCCGCUCUCUCCUCACACAGUCGACGUUCUCACCACCAUCUCGUCGUGUCUGAGGCAUGUCGCGGAGGAAGCUCGAGCGACGGAGAGCAGUCUGAAGGCGUUGGUGAGCGACCUUGAAGACCGAGUAGGGGAGCUCGAGGAUGAGAGUCGGAUGCGGCAGGGGCGAGAGGCUGCCUGGGAGGAGCGGCUGAGGCGAGAGGCUGCCUGGGAGGAGCGGCUGAGGCGGCUCGAGGAGGCCGAUACGAGUGGCGGGGAUGGCAAGAAGAGGAAGAAGAAUAAGGAAGACCUGGACGUGAGCAAGGAUGAGAGAGCCUACGUGAAAUAUCAUAUGAACACCCUCAUCCAUCGCUUCUUCUCAGAGACCGUCGAAAACACGGACGGCAGUGUCAUCCGGCUUCACAUCAACUCCGAGCUCAAGAGGUGGCCCGAAACCACGGACGACGGUGUGCUGGGAGAUGGUGGGGAGGAGGACGAUGAUGAUGAGAUGGAGGAGGACGAAGGCGAGUCGGUGGUGUUCCGCCCCAACUGGGAGGCAUUUAAGGAUCUGCGGAACACGAAUUUCAAGAAGGAGGUCAUCGCUCGCUGCAAGAAAGACUGCCCCCGGCUGACCACCGCCGCCAUCACCAAUGAGGUCAAGAAGCAAUUCAAGUAUGCGGCGGAGGGGGUUCGGCAAUACAAAGAUGCCGACCUGAGCUUGAUGACGAAACGCAGGAAUGCCUGUCGUACAAGAGUGAAGGGCAUGCAACGCCGUCAAGUGCAAAUACUCAAUCAGGCCGAGUCCGUUGUCGCCAAGUCUCGAGAGUACAACCUAAUCCGCGAAGCCAUCGAGGGCGGGAUGUUGAACCCGGUCCUCGUAGCCCACGGGGAAGAUCCGAGCUUCAGCACAACCGAUCCACACGGCUUUGACGAAUUUGUCUUAUAUGCUGAGAUGACGGAGGGGAGGUUGUUGGUGGAUGCGGCCAAGCAGCGCUACAUGGUCAUAAUCCCGGGAUGGUGGUCGAAAUUGGCGAGGCGAAUAUGGUUUACGUUGUACCAAGAGCAACUGACCAUGCUUGCUGACCGUACAGGCACCCAAAGGCCCAGACGUGUGGUCAUCGCGCCACAAGACCACGUCCAGGGCUUUGAACUCACGUUCGAAAAGCGGGAGCCGUCGGCGGAUGUCUUCGAGGUCCUGGUUAGUCGCGCGGCCCGCAACCGCCGAGACCCUCACGCUACCCCCUUCGCCGCAUCCCCCGCUCCAUCUGAUCCACACGCGCCCACUCUCUCCUCCCUUAUCAAAGACCGGCCGAAGCUCCAAGCCAGCGUGGAGAAGUCCUCCAGGGCAGUGCGUCCGUUCGAGAGCACGGAGGCAUUGAGGAGGAUGUGGUGCGCCCGGGAGACUUGGUCAGAGGAGAGGUACAAGCUGUUGCUUGAUGAGGGGGAUGUGGAGGCGGCGGUCAAUGACCUCUCCAGCUCGGACUUUGCAGAGAGCGAGCAGGGGGACGGGGACAAUGUUCACGAAGAGGACAGUGAGUCCGACGACGAGUGA